UACCGCGUCUGGGCACCUUUAACCGCGAAAAAAGUAAACAAAAAUGCUUAAAAGUUGCUAAAGUCCCACAAUGUCUAUGGCGAAAUAUCUUAACCGGUCUGUUGGAAAGGCAGAUCUAAAUAAGGCAUCACGGACAUGCUCGCUUAGACCUACGGAAUCUGAACAUCAAACAAUUCGUCUGUCCGCUGGCGAGAAUUUUGUAGGACGAAGCAGAGAGACCGGAAUCCGCGACUCCCGAUGCUCUAAGCGACAGAUCCUCCUAGAUGUCGACACUAGUAAGUGUCUUGUCAACAUGAAAGUUCUAGGCUUAAAUCCCAGUGGCGUCAAUGGAUUGAUGGUGAUGCAACACACUGAAUGCAAAUUGGAGCACGGAGAUUUGGUGGAAAUCAUUUACGGCCGACAUGGUUUCCAGGUGGCUUUUGAUCCGCCUCCAAUGGAGGCAAAAGAGGAACUCCCAGUUUCACCGCCUAUCUCGAUCGCCGCAAGCACCUCCGAAAGAUGGGACUCAGCUGGAAAUGGCAAGUUGGUUAUCUUUAGCAGCGCUGGCGUGGUAGCAUCCGAGAAGAUAGCCGGCUAUGACAUGGAUGGGACCAUCAUCAAAACCAAGUCAGGAAACGUUUUUCCCAAAAACAUUGAUGACUGGCAGAUCAUCUUCCCCGAAGUGCCAGUUAAACUCAAGAGCCUACACAAAGAUGGAUUUAAAAUAUGUUUCUUCACCAACCAAGGAGGCAUUGCUCGCGGUAAAAUCAAGCUGGAUGACUUUAAGGGCAAGAUCAAACAGAUUGUUGCUAAGCUAGAUGUCCCUAUCCAAGUAUUUAUUGCCAUUGGUGAUGGAUACUAUCGUAAGCCGCGGCCUGGUAUGUGGGAGCAUCUAAAAAACGAGAUGAAUGAUGGAGUCAAAGUUCAGGAGGAUCGGAGUUUUUUUGUGGGUGAUGCAGCUGGAAGACCUGAGACUGGCAAGGGAGCCACCAAGCAACGAAAGGAUCAUUCGCUAGCUGACAGACUAUUUGCUGCAAACGUUGGCAUUUCCUUUUAUACGCCGGAAGUUCACUUCCUAGGAAGACGUGUGGAAGAAUGGAAUAAACCCGAAUUUGAUCCCACUAGUAUUCACGACCUAUUAACACUUUUUGACCCUGAUAAUAUAACCUUUGACGGUCAUCCUAAUGAAAUGGUCAUCAUGGUGGGAUUACCAGGCUCAGGAAAGAGUCACUUUUGCGAAAGCUUCUUUCAGAGCAGGGGUUACAAAAUUGUCAGUGCCGAUACUUUAGGUGGCACUCAAGCUUGCGUAAAUGCCUGUGAACGCUUCUUAGAUGCUGGAAAUUCCUGUGUGGUGGAUAAUACAAAUGUCGAUAGUGCUUCUCGUAAAAAGUUCCUGGUUAUAGCAGCAAAGUUCAAUAUUCCCUGUCGCUGUUUGAUAAUGAAUGUGCCAAUUGCGCAAGCAAAGCACAACAUUGCGUUCCGUGAACUCUCGGAUUCAGUACACUCAAAGAUUAACGACAUGGUGUUUAAUAUGCUUAAAAAAAAGUACCAGGAGCCGGCGCUGGAUGAAGGUUUCUCAACCAUUCACAAAGUGAACUUCAAGCCGGUAUUUGCCAACGAAUCCGACGAGAAACUAUACAAAAUGUACUUGAUGGAAAAAUAA